AUCGCUCUCAAGCGAGACCGUCUUCGCGCAGAGUAUUACGACGCCUGCAAUCGCCUCGAAGACGAGCUCUUGACACAAUGCGCCAAUAUUUACCAGGAAGCAAGCCGCGACGCACAACGCUUCGUGGCCAAGUACUUUCUAGACGACAGAGGCCGACCGGAUAGGUCCAAGAUGAAAGACCCGCUAUCCUUCGAGGCAAUUCAAUCGUGAACCCACCAAGAGCUGGCCGAUGUAGUCAAGGCCGUGCCCGGGUUGACCAUUCACGCUUCAUGGUCGAGGACGAUUGUGGGAUGGGACACCGACAUGGAGCGAGGCAUUGAAGCCGGGUUUGCAAGGCUCGAGGUCUUCUUUGAUGGCGACAAAAAGGACAAGAUCCACAGUGCCCAGGCAAAUGUCGACCCGAGUUUGUUUCUCAAGAAGCGCCUCGAUAUCGACGUGAACGGCGUCGCCACCGUAGCCACUGUAGCCACCUCAAAGACAUCAGCCUCAACCACACUCAUCUGGUGGGAGCUGAGCCCCAAAAACACGACGCUGGUGCACGAUAUCAUGUCGAAGGCGCCGGGCAUUUUCAUGAGGAAAAUGCCCCACCUUACAGUUAUCGGGUGGGAUCGCGCCGCCGUGGAUGCCGAGAUGGCGCGGCACGAGGAAGUUGUGCAGCGCGAAGAGGAGCAGUUAGGAAAAGAAGAAAAAGAGAGGCAAGACGAAGACGAGGCCGAAAAGGCGGCGACAUGGCGACACCGAUGCGCAGGCUACUAUGAGCUGGCCGAGAAAAAGCCCAACCCGAGCCCCCUUGGCCCGCAACACCUGCUAGGAUCGUACGCCGUGCAGUCGCACGGCGAGGAAGGAGAAAACUACAACAACCUUUACCACGACGGUAACCUCAACAUCUUCCCAGCUAAGAGCUCCAACGGACUAAAGGCGUCGUUCAACUUUGGGCUAAUCGAAGGGAAUAUGCUGCUCGGCAUGUCGCGUCGGGAGGUUGAGCUACUGAGGGAAGAACAGCCGAAACACAGCGACUCGAGCGAGUCUGAAACUAGAGAUGACGAGCAUUACAGUGGCUGGACUUAGGAUAGAGAACCCGCAAGGGUAGAGUUCUGUCGAGCUUUACUGGCAGCACCUUUUUCGAUGAGCUCGGCAUCAACUCCCGCUAAACCGUGGAGGCUAAACCCGAAGGUUUCGAGCCUGAGGUCGACCCUGAUGCUAAGCCAGAUACAAUGUCUAGGGAAAAGCCAAAAUGGUUCAAGCUUGGAGGUGUUAGGACCAGCCACAUACCCGAACC